AUGUUGCCCACGGUGUAUCUUACCGUUCUCAGAACUUUACGCGAAAAGGCGAAUCCCAGGCGAGGCCAGACAGUCCUUUUUCAUACCGCCGCUGGCGGUGUGGGCAUCGCGGCUAUCAACUAUGCACAGUCGGUCGCAGCCACAAUCUACGCGACAGUCAGUUCACCGGAGAAGGUCGCUUUUCUGAUUAACGAGUUGGGCGUAGCAAAAGAAAAUAUCUUCUCCUCUCGCGAAAACAGCUUCUUGGAUGAUGUCAUGAGGGCAACCCGCGGUCGUGGAGUAGACGUAGAAUGUGUUGCGCUAGGAGGGAGCACGAUUGAGAUCGGCAAGAGAGACCUUCUUGGGCGCGGAAAACUGGCUAUGAACCCGUUCUUGGCCAAUCGAUCAGAUAUUGGGGUGGACGUUGCAACGCUUCCCUUGAUUGAGCCGGAGUGUGUUGAAGAACAUGUGUCUGCCAUUGUGGAUUGGUACGAGCGGGGAGUAGUACGGCCUAUCCGCCCGGUUACAUCGUUUCCUGCCAGAGGGAUUGAAUAUGCCUUCCGACACCUCUAA